AUGCUUCCACUGUCAGGCGGAUCAUUGAUGAAUCUCGGACACCUCGCUCGUUCUCUUGCGGCGACGCCCAAAACGCAGACUGCGAGCAGUGUGGGGGCUGACGACACGAUCGAGUUUGAGAACGACAGAACAUCCACGUUGUCUCAGUUCAAUCCAGUUGCCGAAGGGCCGUUGGAGAUCAAUCCGCUUGCUCCGUCGUCCGCCAAUCAAAAGCUCGCUCCAGGGUCACUGUCGAUAUCUUCACCGAGUCCUCCGCAAGGAGCUACUCUGCUGUACAUUACUGAGACCGUGGCGACGGAUGCUGCACAGAUGCGCUCUCGACCGACAGUUGUAGACGUUUACAUUGCAGCAUUCAACGAUACCAUGUACAACGAUCAUUCUGACCGUAUGAUUGUCAGCGUGUUUUACGGAAAUGGAACUGCUGGAGACACGGUGACGGCCCACUUGCAAAACUCACCGGCUGAAGGCGUCUGGAAAAGACCGUUCCCUAUGCAUCAGAACAACGAUUCUCCCAUUCGUCGAGGCUUUGAUCUUGCAGGGCCAGCAGCCAGAGCGGGACUAGAUAAGCAUCGUGUACAAAUGUCAACGCCAAAGCGCGGGCAGUCUGCGCCAGAAUAUGUGAAUGGCCAAAUAAAGCGGCACUCUGAUCAAGGGCACGGGCAUGGAUCACGCGGCAAAAACUCUAGUUUAAACGACAGCCCGCGCCGACGCGGGCGGGCCCUGCGUCGUCGAAAUGGAAGCCAAACCACUGCAUACAUUCAGUUCCAGCCUGCGUACGGACAAGACCUCCACACAUUCGUACAUAUUGCCGCGGGGAAGGUCGAGGCUGAACUAGUCGCACAGAUUUUGUUAAACCCCACACCUGAGGGUGAUAUUUGGAUACGAAACGUGCUUGAGAUACCACACGCAUUCCGCAAAUGGGUGAAUUCUGAUUAUGCGCCGCUCUGGGAUCCUGAGUUUAUUGUAACAGGAGACUACUGGAGCUCAACGUUGACUCCUUGGUUCAAUACGACUUCAAUACCGCUAAGCCGUGGGACGUACGUGAUGGCAGAAGGCUUCUACAAGCAAAGACACUGGCGGUAA